CGACCGGCCGCGGCUGGGCUCUCCAAAGCCCAAACAGAAUCACUUGCGCAUGCGCUGCAGUGGCCCACUGCUGUUUGCCCGUUUCCAUGGCUACGAAGCCCAUCAGCGUGGGAGAGGAAGAAAAUGAAGCUCAAGAGCCUCUUGCUUCGGUAUUACCCACCAGGAAUUAUGCUGGAAUAUGAAAAAGGUGGAGAACUAAAGACCAAAUCCAUAGAUUUGCUUGAGCUCAAUCCUAGUACAGAUGUCAACACCCUGGUAGAAGAGAUCCAGAAAGCAGAGCCUCUGAUCACGGUUUCCCGGACACAGCAAGUCAGACUCCUGGUCCAGAGGCUGCAGGAGAAACUCAGGCAGCAUUGUGACCACAACUUCUACCUGUUCAAGGUUCUCAGAGCACACUUACUGCCGUUGACCAAUGUGGCACUCAACAAAGCAGGCUCGUGCAUCAUCACAGGAAGCUACGAUCGGACAUGCAAGGUGUGGGACACUGCAUCUGGGGAGGAGCUGCACACGCUGAAGGGCCACAGGAACGUGGUUUAUGCCAUAGCCUUCAACAAUCCUUACGGUGACAAAAUUGCCACUGGGUCCUUUGACAAGACCUGUAAACUCUGGAGUGCUGAGUCGGGAAAGUGUUACCACACCUUCAGGGGUCACACAGCCGAGAUCGUGUGUUUAUCAUUCAACCCACAAAGUACAGUGGUUGCUACUGGAAGUAUGGAUACAACGGCCAAAUUAUGGGACAUUCAGAAUGGAGAGGAAGUGGUCACUCUAACAGGCCAUUUGGCAGAAAUAAUUUCCUUGUCAUUUGACACCUCAGGAGACAGAAUCAUCACAGGAUCCUUUGACCACACAGUUGUAGUAUGGGAUUCUAGUACUGGAAGGAAGGUGCACACUUUAAUUGGCCACUGUGCUGAGAUCAGCAGCGCCUUGUUCAAUUGGGAUUGUUCUCUAAUAUUAACAGGCUCCAUGGACAAGACCUGCAUGUUGUGGGAUGCUUCAAGCGGGAAAUGCAUAGCAACCUUAACAGACCAUGAUGAAGAAAUACUAGACAGCUGCUUUGAUUAUACGGGGAAACUUAUUGCAACGGCUUCUGCUGAUGGAACAGCAAGAGUUUAUGAUGCAUCCACAAGAAAAUGUAUAACCAAACUGGAAGGCCAUGAAGGAGAGAUCUCAAAGUGCUGGCAUACAUGGAAAUGGGUGCUGCUGACCACUUCAUGGACUGAGAGGUAACAGAGUGGUAAGGGGGUAUGGGGAAGUGGGGCAUGGAAGGGCAGCCUGGGCCAUGUUCCUGAGUGUUUGGCAUUUUUCUCAAUGAGUGUGUAUUUGUCUUUGUGAACAUGUGACUAUAAGAAAAUUUUGAGUUCUGUAUUAUUUAAUUGUAUGCAUGUCAAGCAAAUAUAUUGCUCAUGGUGAUAAUAUUUAUAAGGAGUACAGAGCUAAAACAUCUAGUAUUUAGUUCACCAAAUGGUUAAGAUGUUAGUAUAUAUUCAGUAAUCACAAUAAUGAAUUCAUUAUGACAUUUCAUAUAUGUAUGUAAUGUAUUGUGAUCAUAUGUAUCCCCAUUACCUUCCCUGUUCCCCUUCCUCUAUUGUGGACCCUCUUCCUAUUACCAGUUAGCACUCUUUCUGGUUUCAUGUGCUUUUGUGUGUGUGACCCAGAGAAUUUCAUUAGGACAGCUUAGAGGACUAUGGGUGUCAGUAACCACCUUUUGAGAGCUUCCCCUGUGCUAGGAAUUUUACAGACACUGGUGAGACAGUGAUAAGAUAAGGCAUGGCUUGUCCUCCUCAUAUCUCCAGACCCAAUUGAAGUGACUCAAAUCAUUGUCUUGUGUUAAGUAGAAAGGACUUCCACUGGGUUAUCAGAGGAAUUCAAGGGCCAGUGACAGGUGCCUCUGACACUCAGAUACUAAAGGAGAGCACCUGGUCCAAGUGAAGCAUCCAAACGUAUUAUCUGAAAGUGAUGCAAUUUGGGUAGCAAUAGAUGAAAAUCCUCUUGCAGCCCUAGGUGUCUGCUCUUUCUGUGGCACAGACGGAGGGGUGUUCUAUGUGGUUUUAGUGACAGAAGCUUGUGUGGCAGAGGUGACAUUGAAAUUUACAGGUAGAACCUGAUUUGUUUUUAUCUACAAUUUGUCUCUGCCUCUCUUUUGGAUGAGGAGCGAACCACAAGUCUUUGGGAAGAAACCGUUGGGAAAUACUCAAAAGUAUACAGGUGCUUUGGUCUUUUAUGAUUAGAGUUGUGAGAAAGUAAACAAUUAAACAUUAGCAUCCAGGCUUCAACUUUCAGAUAUUAGUCCCUAUAUUUUUCCCAUCAGGAAGACGUUCUUCUAAAAUAAGUACUAGAUCAGGGAGAAGAUUGGUGCUCAGCACUACGUUUGCUUUUGGAAAUCUAUUGUUAACCCAAACUUCUACUUUCUACCAUCUCUUUUG